GUCGGCAGCGGCUAUUGACGUUCUUGAACACGCUGGGAAAGAUGUGCGUUGUAGUCUUUAUGAUAAUAACCCAACAAUCCGCAUGGAUUUAACAAUCUCCAGCGUGACUUCUGUAAGGACACACUCUCCUGCUGUGGGCACACACCACACACGUUUGUGUCUCGCUCGAUGUGGACAGGUUUUACACAAGUGAGGACCCAAAGGCUGCUCGAGACGAGGGAAAGUACAUGUUAGCCAGCUAACAGCUGCUGUCACUGUGAAAGUGACAGUAAAACUUACCUAACAAGCGACUUAAACGUCCUGCGAGGCUCAAAAUCGCCGUUCCUGUGACUCUGGAUCAUCACUUCGCAUAAAAGAGAAGGAAUGGCGUUGAGCGCUAACCUGUGUCGUGUGACUCUGGGGGUCGAGGGCAUGACCUGCGGCUCCUGUGUCCAGUCCAUUGAGGGCCGGAUUGGGGGUCUACAAGGUGUCAUUCAUAUACAGGUGUCUCUGGAGCUGAGUAAUGCAACUGUGACAUAUGACCACACUUGCCAUAGUCCAGAAUCCCUAGCAGAGGCCAUUGAAGACAUGGGCUUUGAGUGCAGCCUGACAAACGCCACGUCAACAGCAGUCCAAACAGAAACCAAAGUCUUCAGCACAGCUGGCUGUAGCACAGACUCUAUCCAGCAGGCACGGUGCGCGCUGGCCCAAGCUAAAGGGGUGUUGGAGACGCAGGAGAGCGCUGAUCACCGAGGCCUGGCUGUCACGUCUGUCCCGUCUCUGAUCAGUGCGGAGCGGCUCGGGGACGUGAUGAGCUGCCUGGUUCCUGAUGCUCAAGAAGGGCCGAGCUCUCGCUCCUCCAGCGGAGUGGAAGCGGUGAAAAUGCGCAUUGAAGGAAUGGUUUGCCUGUCCUGCACUACAACCAUAGAGGGCAAGAUUGGGAAGUUAAAAGGCGUUGAGAAGAUUAAAGUCUCUCUCGAAUCCCAGGAGGCCGCUGUACUGUACCUGCCUUGCGUCGUCACGGUGGAUGAGAUUGUGAACCAAAUCGAGGUGGCUGGUUUCAAAGCCAUUGUUAAAUCAAAACCUCGUCAGUUAAAGCUUUCAGCUAGUGAAGUCGAGCGCCUGCUCAACGCUCCCAAACAGGAGGAGAAGGUUUCAGAGCCGUGCACAGACUCCAGCAUCACUACAGUGUUUCAGGUUACGGGAAUGCACUGCAAGUCUUGCGUGGUCAAUAUUCAGGACAAUAUAUCCAAGCUGCCUGGAGUGAGUUCGGUCGUCGUGUCCUUGGAGAACAGACAAGCUACGAUUCAGCACAACCCAAAACAAGCCUCAGUGGUGGAGCUACAGAAAGCCAUCGAAGCCCUUCCUCCAGGGGAUUUUAAAGCUAUCCUCCCAGCUUCCCCAGAGCCAGGCUUCCUCCAGCCGCUGGUAUCAGUCGCGGAGAUCCACAUCGAGGGCAUGACCUGUGGCUCCUGUGUUCAGUCCAUCGAGGGCAUGAUCUCCCAGAAGAAAGGAGUGAGAUCGGCCCAAGUGUCACUGGCCAAUCAUCAGGGAACCUUUGAGUAUGACCCUUUAGUGACGACCCCUGAGGAGCUGAGGGCCGCCGUAGAGGACAUGGGCUUUGAUGCUUUUCUCCCUGAGACAAAUUCAUUGGUGCCUUCAGUGCUCAAAAGCCCAUCGCCUCCAGCACCGUCUGUCCUGAGCUCGUCGUUAUCUCCGGUCUGGUCAGCCGUGAAAGAGGAUGAAGCAGAGAGUGACGCUGAGCUUGCAACAAACACGAUUUCCAAAUGUUUUAUCCAGAUUGGUGGAAUGACCUGUGCCUCCUGCGUGGCCAACAUUGAGAGGAACCUCAAGAACGAGCAUGGUGUACACUCAGUUUUGGUUGCACUGAUGGCCAGUAAAGCCGAGGUUCGAUUCAGCCCGUCGAUCAUCGAUCCUCAGAGAAUAGCGGAGUUUAUCCGAGAGCUCGGCUUCAUGGCUUCAGUGAUGGAGAAUUAUGACGGCUCUGAUGGGACCCUGGAGCUUGUGGUCAGAGGGAUGACAUGUGCCUCCUGUGUUCACAAAAUUGAGUCUAACCUGAUGAAGCAGAAGGGCAUCCUCUAUGCUUCAGUUGCCCUGGCAACUAAUAAAGCCCACAUCAGACAUGACCCAGAAGUGACCGGCCCGAGAGAUGUGAUCAGAUGGAUAGAGAACUUGGGAUUUACAGCCUCUCUGGUGAAGAAAGAUCGUCCUGGGAGUCACUUGGAUCACAGCCGUGAGAUCCAACAAUGGAAGAGAUCAUUUCUCAUCAGCUUGUUUUUCUGCGUGCCUGUUAUGGGCAUGAUGAUCUACAUGAUAAUCGUGGAUCACCAGAUCGACAUGUCCCACCACCACAACGCCACGGCCGAGGACAGAGAGAAAUACCACUCCACCAUGUUCCUGGAGAAACAGCUUCUGCCGGGCCUCUCCAUCAUGAACCUGAUCUCGUUUCUCUUCUGUGUCCCUGUGCAGUUUAUCGGUGGGCGGUAUUUCUACGGUCAAGCCUAUAAAGCUGUCAAGCACAGGACGGCCAAUAUGGAUGUGCUGAUUGUUCUGGCGACAACGAUUGCAUUCACAUACUCAGUGGUGAUUCUCCUGGUUGCCAUGGUGGAGGGAGCGAAAGUGAACCCCAUCACCUUUUUUGAUACUCCACCCAUGCUGUUUGUCUUCAUCUCGCUGGGCAGGUGGCUGGAGCAGAUAGCAAAGAGUAAGACCUCGGAGGCUCUGUCCAAGCUGAUGUCUUUACAGGCGACAGAGGCCACCGUUGUUACACUGAAUGAUGACAUGUCUAUGUUCAGCGAGGAGCAGGUGGAUGUGGAGCUGGUUCAGAGAGGAGAUGUUGUGAAGGUUGUGCCCGGAGGGAAGUUUCCAGUCGAUGGCAGAGUGAUUGAAGGACACUCGAUGGCAGACGAAUCUCUCAUUACAGGUGAAGCCAUGCCCGUCACUAAGAAGCCGGGGAGCACCGUGAUCGCGGGCUCCAUCAAUCAGAACGGCUCUCUGCUGAUCAAAGCCACUCACGUGGGCACAGACACCACCCUCUCUCAGAUCGUCAAACUGGUGGAGGAGGCGCAGACUUCAAAGGCUCCCAUCCAGCAGUUUGCGGAUAAGAUCAGCAGCUACUUCGUCCCGUUCAUCGUUGGGGUUUCCUUCCUGACUCUCGUAGCCUGGAUUCUGAUUGGAUUUGUGAACUUUCCGCUUGUGGAGAAGUAUUUCCCUGGUUAUGAUAAGAGCAUCUCUGAGGCAGAGGCGGUCAUCCGCUUCGCCUUCCAGGCCUCCAUCACGGUCCUCUGCAUCGCCUGCCCCUGCUCUCUGGGUCUGGCCACCCCGACUGCAGUUAUGGUGGGGACCGGUGUGGGAGCCCAGAACGGGAUCCUCAUCAAGGGAGGAGAGCCCUUAGAGAUGGCACACAAGAUUCAGUGUGUGGUGUUUGAUAAAACUGGCACCAUCACGUAUGGCGCUCCCAAAGUGGUCCAGGUGAAGAUGCUGGCGGAGGGGAACCGGAUGCCACGCUCUAAGCUGCUGGCGAUCGUCGGCACUGCUGAAAAUAACAGUGAACAUCCACUGGGUGCUGCCAUCACCAAAUAUUGCAAACAGGAGCUGGGUACGGAGUCUCUCGGCACCUGUACAGAUUUCCAGGCCGUGCCGGGUUGUGGGAUCAGGUGUCUGGUCAGUAACACAGAAAACCUGCUGAAGAGAGACGACAGCGACAGCGAGGAGAACCAGCGCAAUGCCGUCUUGAUCCAGAUCGGCGACACCAGAGCGCUCAGCAGUGACCACCCGCUCAUCAUGGACCCGCAGCCGCUCGCUGUAGUCCAGACGGCCUCGUUCACCGUGCUGAUAGGGAACAGAGAGUGGAUGAGGAGGAACGCGCUGCAGGUGCGAGCAGAUGUGGAUGAAGCCAUGACGGAGCACGAGAAGAGAGGACGCACUGCAGUGCUGGUGGCUGUGGACAAUGAGCUUUGUGCAAUGGUGGCCAUAGCAGACACGGUGAAGCCUGAGGCUGAGCUGGCCGUCCACAUUCUCACAGCAAUGGGGCUGGAGGUCGUGCUGAUGACGGGAGACAACAGCAAAACAGCCCGAGCCAUCGCUGCCCAGGUGGGCAUCAGGAAGGUGUUUGCAGAGGUCUUGCCAUCUCACAAGGUGGCGAAAGUGGAGCAGCUCCAGCUAGCGGGAAAACGCAUCGCAAUGGUGGGCGAUGGAGUGAACGACUCGCCGGCGCUGGCUAUGGCAGAUGUGGGCAUCGCUAUAGGCACGGGCACGGAUGUAGCCAUCGAGGCAGCCGACGUGGUGCUCAUCAGGAAUGAUCUUCUUGAUGUUGUUGGGAGUAUCGAUCUUUCUAAGAAGACAGUGAAAAGAAUCAGAAUCAACUUUGUAUUUGCACUGAUCUACAAUCUUGUGGGGAUUCCCAUUGCUGCAGGUGUGUUUAUGCCGAUGGGUUUGGUGCUGCAGCCCUGGAUGGGCUCUGCUGCGAUGGCUGCCUCCUCUGUGUCUGUAGUGCUGUCUUCCCUCCUACUCAAAUGCUACACUAAACCCAGCGCUGAGAAACUGGAGAGACGACUGGGCGAGGUGAGAAGACGCGGCAGCCUGUCUGAAGUCAGCGUUCACAUCGGCAUGGGAGAGCUGCGCCGGUCCUCGCCCAAACUCAGCCUGCUCGACCGCUUCGUCAACUACAGCCGGGCCUCCAUCAACUCGCUGCGCUCCGACAAGCACUCGAUGAACAGCAUGGCCCUCAGCGAGCCCGACAAGCACUCUCUGCUGGUGGGAGACGCUCACUGCGAGGAGGAGGUGGUCUGAGCUUUACCUCAGUGCCUGUAGACGAGGGGCGUCCCAAUUCAGUCGCCUCAGGAGAGGUUUGUCACUGUGAUGCUGCAUGGAUCAGCUUACACAGCUUUGGCUGUCCGGCCGUUCGAGAGGCUCUCCGUUUACAUUACAAGUAUUCUUGCUGGCCAAUUUAAAGGGAUAGUACACCCAAAAAUGACAAUCACACUCAAGUUGUACCUGUGUGAGUUUAGCCACAGUUGAGCACAAAACGAAGGUGUUUUGCAUAUGUUUGUAACCAGAAAAAAUACUAUGGAAAUCAAUAGGAACCAGAAACGUUUUGGUUACCAACAUUAUUCAACAUAUCUUCCUGUGUUUAGCACAUGUACAGGUUUGAAACAACUUGAGGGUGAAUAAAUAACAGGGUUUUCAUUUUUGGAUGCACUGUCCC